GCUAUCGAGACUAAAGCAACCGAAUUUUCGGAUCGCCAAUAUGAAUACGUCUGACAACUGGUCUGCCCGGAACUGGCAGGACCCACGGAUUGACACCAAGAAUCAACGUAUCGCCGCACUCCUCGUUCCACCAGGGCCACUAGGACCAUUCCACCCGGCCCAUCGCUACGUCCCGCAUCCCGCAGAAACGCCCCUUCAGUCCACCACGCCACUCCUACGCUUCCCAACAGAACUCCACCUCGAAAUCUUCGGCCACAUCCGCGCAGACGGAGACACGUUUGAAGAUACCAGGCUGAUGUCUGAAUCACGCGCGAAACAGGUGUUUGGAGAUCCGCACGCCUGGCUCUGGACUGUGCUCGCACUCCGCGGCACAUCUCGCUUGUUCAGAUACAUGCUUCCACCUCUAACCCACGACGAGCUUCUCGACUUGGAACUCACAUUGCGGGCUACGAGUAGAGGUCUACAGGCAUGCAGAUAUUGCCUUUGCCUCCGCCACACCAGCCACUUCUCUCACGCACAGACCCGGCAACGCGGCGUGCCUAUUGAUGCUGUACUUGGAUGGGCAGGGUACAGCGUCAAGUCGAGAGAGAAGCGGGCAAAGAGGUUCUGCGUGGACUGUGGAUUUGCGAAGGCUAUCAACCCAGAGCUGGAUAUUGGAAAGGUGAGGUAUGGGAAAGGUAGUGAUGUCGUGGUGGGCGAGAGCGAGGGCGAGAGGUGGGUUUGGUGCUGGUGGUGCGAAAAGUUGAAGAGAGGAAAAGAGGCUGGGAUGCUAGGGAAGGAAGCUUGUACUGGUAGCUGCGUUUCGUGUUGCGAAAAGCGUGCAUGCAAGGGUGCAUGUGUGCGCGAAGAGCAGGACAGAAGGAGGACAGCAGCAGAGGAGUGGAUUAUUGAGAGGCGCGAAUUGGAGCUGGACUGAUGAUUAGGUGUGCUAUGUCAGAUGAUCAGUCUGAGAUCAUCUAUCCAAAGGGCUGGGAAUAGAACAUGUAAGUCUGUCCUAAGUGAGAAGAAUUUGACAUCCC